GUGUAGUCACUCUGUGAUGUUACAUUAUUUUUCAUGGUUGAAAUCACUGAAAUGGGUUUGAGCAUAUAGCACUUUUUCAAAAGUAUUGCAAAGCAUAAUUAUAUUGGGAACAUUUCUGAACAUAAUAAAUGAUGGCCAUUUCUGCAGCUUGCCAAUUGUUGGAGUAGCCUGACCACAGCAUGCAUUCCUUCCUCACUAAAUUGUAACACUUUUUGCUUCUGCUUGCUCCGUAUCCCUCCUGCGGCUACGCCUCGAGGCAUAAUUGAGUCGAAUUAUGUCAUAAUUGUGAGCAUGCGCAGUGGACUAUUAGACCAUGUGCCGGAGAAGAUGAUGGCAGAGCUAGAGAUCGAGAAGACUUUCAGCCCUAAUAUCGUUCCAUCGCAGAAGAAAGUGCUAGUUUGCUUUGGAGAAAGAAAAAGGGAGGUGUCCUUUAGCAGUGAGGGAGGAAAUGGAGAGUUAUUGAAGCAAACACAGCUCGUGUUUCGAGAUAUAGAUCAAAACAAAAAUUUAGUGCUUCAACUGAAAAGCGAGGAGUGGGACGGACUGUUCUUAGACGUGACCGAUAAUGUGUCCGUCGCUGAUAAAUCCGUACUGAGAGCUGUUUUGCCAAAUCAACCCACAGCCAGUGCAUCUGCAUCUGCAUCUGGUAGUACGUUGAGAGAAGAGUCUCGUAGUGUGACAUCUAAAGCUGUGUCUGGCUUAAAGCGUAUUUCGAAGACUAGUGGUGCCUGUGCGAAAGUGUUGGCAACUAUUUUCCCUUCAACAAAAAGUGUUCCACCAAAAGACCUCAAUGUUUUUGAUCCCCUGGACGAUUGUGUUGCUCAAUCAGCGCAAAACAAAAAAAAGUCGACCAGAGUCAAAUCAAUAUCUGUCAAAGUAAUUCUUGUACCCGGGUGUUCCACGUUAGUUCUACCCAAGGGAAGGAAGAGACUGAAGUUAAUAGCAGAUAAACGCAUUGAGGCUAUCGAAAUUAAGCGAAGUAUGUCUCCUGCUGAUGUUCAAAACAGAAUCAAACGUGGAUUCAAGCACCUUAACUUGCAAAAUUGGGAGUAUUUAGUUGCUGAUGCGGGGAAGCUGUCAGUAUCCACAAACCAGGCCCCAGGAGGGGAGAUAGUGGAUAGACGAGGGGGGCUCUACAUUAGGGAGAAGGAAGAAAAGACUGCAACAGUAAUCGCAUCCACUUUCCAAGGAACAUCGUCUAGUACUGCUUCCACUUCCCAGGGAACAGCAUCAAUCAUUGCGUUCACUUCCCAAGGAACAUCAUCUAGUAUUGCUUCCACUUCAGCAUCAAUCAUUGCGUCCACUUCCCAAGGAACAUCAUCUAGUAUUGCUUCCACUUCAGCAUCAAUCAUUGCGUCCACUUCCCAAGGAACAUCAUCAAGAAUUGCAUCCACAACAUCACCAAGCAUUGCAUCCGCUUCUUAUUUACAGGAAAUAAGCACACCGAUACUCAAGGAUGAUGCGAGCUCCAUUAUGUCAUCUGAUGAAGAGUUGCCACCUGCCUUUCUGUCUAGAGUUGUUCCAGGAAAGGUUAAUGAGAGUGUCGAACAAACAAGGAUGAUUGUUGCUGAGCAGGAUCAUGUGUAUGAAGAAGGGUUACGCAUUGACCAGUCAAAAGAGCGAAAACGUCUUUGGACAGAGAUGGUCCAGGCCAGUAAAAUUUCUCUAAGAGAAAAACUGACCUCCACAAACCCGGAUGAUGGAAAACAGAUUUACAUGCGGCUACCCAAUGGCGACAGAGUGGGUUCUACCUUUUCCAAUGAAGCUUCUUGUCAGGUUCUCUACGAGUACGUUUUUGCAAUGAGCGAUUUGGAGGACCCGUAUGGGAUCUUUUGUAUGUUUCCCCGAUCAAUUGUCACCACUGAUCAGACAAUCGCAGAUGUCCAAGGAAUCCUUAUUGUUGAUGAGAGGAAUGGAUACUUUGAUCCUGUAUCUUUGGUUCACCGUAAGGGAGGUGUCUGCGUGCCGGAUAAGUCUAAUGUGCCGGACAAGUCAGAUGUGCUUUCUAAAGCCAAUGACACUCGAAUGACCUUUGUGAACUCCCAACAAUUCUACCUUGGACCAUAUCAUUCUGUGAAACGUGGCGAUGUAUUUAAGGAUGUCAUUUCUCUGUACCAAAACCAAGCGAAUAAACUGUUGAAAGAAUAUCCAAUGCGUAUUUGCUUUGAGGGGGAGAAAGGCAUAGAUGAAGGUGGAGUGUCGAGGGACAUGUAUUCAGCAUUUUAUGAAUCUGCCUAUGAGCGUCUCUUUGAUGGUAGCUCACUCUUGUGUCCUGUAGUCCACCCUGAAAUGGAUAAAGAGUGUCUCUCCACCUUUGGUCUUGUACUUUCACAUUCGUACAUAAUGUCAGGAAUUCUUCCGAUUCGGAUUGCCUUCCCUUGUUUAGUUCAAUCUCUGCUAGGAACUUCCGUCUCAUUAAGUGAUACUGUUCUUUUGGAGUCAUUCAUCGAUAGUGUAAGUAUUCACGAGGCAGGUAUUCUUAAGGAAGCUAUGGCUGUGGUUGGACAGCAAGUUCCUGUGUUUUCUUCUGAAAUCAAAUGCGAAUUAAUAUCACUGUUCAGUCGAUACAAUAGCAGACAAGUGCCUACCCCAAAUAGUUUAAAGCAGAUGGUGGUAAACUUGGCUAGGUACGAGUUUGUUUCAAAGCCUGCUGCUGCUUUGUCUCUUAUCCAUUGCGGAGUGCCUGAGCAACACCAAGUGUUCUGGGAUAACAUGAUGGUUGAUGGUCUUCGAAUGCUUUACUGGGCACUGAGUGUGUCUUCUGCCAUGGUGUUGAAGAUGCUCGAGGAAGCUGAAGGUGGUGAUCAAUCCCAAGAUAGGGUUUUAGGUUAUCUGCGUCAAUUUAUAGGAAAUAUGGGACUGGAUGAAUUGCGAACUUUUCUGCGCUUCGUUACUGGCAGCUCGGUGUGUUCCUCCUCAAAAAUAUCUCUAGAAUUUAACGCUCUUACCGGUUCUUCACGUAGACCCAUUGCCCUCACCUGUGCACCAUCCCUGAUUCUAUCCUCAACAUACCCUUCAUACCAAGUGUUUGUUUCUGAGUUCCGAGCUUGUUUGUCAAGCGAGUACUUAUGGAGAAUGGACAGCUAUUGACGUUUGCAAUAUUGAUAACACUGCAUGCAUGUCUGUCAAUGUUUUUUGGCCAUAAUUAUUACCUUUAUGACGAUGUUAUAAUUAUUAUUGAUAACACUGCAUGCAUGUCUGUCAAUGUUUUUUGGCCAUAAUUAUUACCUUUAUGACGAUGUUAUUGUAUUGUAAAGCAUUCAUCGCUGUGAUUUUUGUAUUACUGAGUGAUGUAGGUAUAUAGGUCCAAUAAAAAGCAUGCAAGCUUUGGUCCCAGGAGAAUUGUUAUAUAUAACACCUAUAACUUAUGAAUGCAAAAUUAGCAAGACCUUCUAUACAUGCAUGCAAGUAGUACAUGCAUGUGCUUGCAUUUGUCACAGUGAAGAUAUAAUUAUAUAGUUAUCUGCAUGAGCUUAUGAUUAUCAUGUUGCAAGCAUGCAUGUAAUAAUUAUGAUUGUUCCACAAAUGUUCCACGUUCAAAUGCUAUAUGAAUCAGUAGGUUGUACAUAGGAUUGUAGCAAUUUUUCACAUUGCAAAUGUUUUUCUAUCCGGAUUCAGGUAUAAUUGAAGACGGUGCCACAAGCCAAUGAGAAAUUUGACUCAGACUAACAAACAGCAUCUGUAAAACUAUAUGACAAUAUCUACCAAGUGUAUAUACAGUGGCUACGUACUUGCAACCUAUUCCAGUAUAAUAAUAAUA